GUGCUCUCAAUGGAUGCUGGAAAAUAAACAGUUUAGAAGAAGAUGGAAAUAGGAGCUCCUGGGACGUCAGUCCUCGGCGCCUGCGCAAGGAGUGAGUGUAUGAUGGCGGCUGCUCUGUCCAGGGCGCUGAAGCUCCCAGGUAAAAAGUCCCAUGAUCUAGGAGAGUACGACCCUCUGCGGCAGGCUGACAGUGAUGACAGUGCAGACGAAGGUGAUGUCAACUAUCAGAAAAAUGGCAGCCUGCAGACUGAGGCGACCAUUGAGGCUGUGCUCAACAGAGACGCAGACACUGUGGUUGAGAUGCACUCGUUAAAGGUAAAACAAUGCCGGUCAGAUCCGCCCAGCUCAGCAGAGGUGCAUGCGACUGAAGUGACAGACGAGUUCACUACGAAAACCAGGGCUUCAAUUCUUCCUUGCCUGCGGACAUCUGCCUUCCUCCUCACUCUUAUUUUGACCAUGGUCCUGGUCUUAGUCUGUGCUUUCUUUAUCCCGUGUCCGAAGAGGCAUGCCUUGAAGACUUCGUGGAACAAAAGCCUCGGACAGGCAGCUGGUUUCCCACCAGCGAUCACCCUUUGGGAUGUCAACAAUGACCAAGUUUCUGACGUUAUUAUUUCGUUCAGCUCCACUGGGAAAGUCCGAGACCAAAGAGGCGCCCUCAGGUCACAAGCCAGCUUGAAGCUCCAAGUGUCGGUGGCGGUGUUGUCAGGGGCGGACGGCAGUGUUCUGUGGACGACCCCAGCCUCUGAGCGGCUGAAGUUCAUCCACUGUGGCGUCGGCUACACUGAUGGAAAGGGCACCAUCUGCAUCCUGGUUGGAGUCAAUCAUAUGCUGAAGGCUGUUAACAGCAGCUCAGGAAAUAGCUUCUGGGAAAUGAAAAGUGUGUACCCUUCCCAUCGGAGUCCAGCUGCCCCGCCUGUGCAGCUCCCGGACAUUGACGGCGACGGCUUUGGAGACAUACUGCUCGGGAGCAGGCCGGCUACAUUGACCAAUCGGAUUCAUGAUGUGUCCUUUGUGUUUGUGUCUGGAGCAACUGGGGCCCUGAUUGGUCAGCCGGUAACUUAUAAUGUCACUGGUGAAGGCAAGCUGAUUGGCCCGAAAGCCUGUGUGUCUGGCGAAGGGGCGCUCUACGUUCUCUUUGGCUAUGGGACCAUCCAGGCCGUGUCCGUGAGGGACAUUUACAGACAAGCAAAUGGCCAGGGCAUCUUGCCUCCGUCUCUGUGGAAAGAGGACUCCACUGUGGAAUGGAAGCAAGAGGGAAACUUCUCUGGAGUUCUGCAGGUGUACAGUGGCAACAGCUCUGUCCAAGACCUGCAGACGUUGGACGGGCCGGGGAAGAACUUCAGUGCCUUGCUGAUUACCACGAGGAACAGGCUGCAAAUCCUGAGGGGGAGGCACCUCCAGCACCUGUGGCAGACAGUCAGCAGCAGUAUCAAGGAUGCUCCCGUGGCCGGUUUCUUCAAUGAAGACAGGGUUCCCGAUUUCCUGAUCCAGGUCACCGAUGGAAACAACGUCAGAACGAGUUUAAUUAUCGAUGGGAGCUCGGGCAAGGAACUUUGGCAGGCGAAGCUGGGGUGCCGGAGCGAGGGCUCAGAACCAGCCUCCAUCCCUCUGUCCGAUGGGCGGUCCGUGUUCCUGUUCUGGGCUGGAGAAUGUGGAGCAAGUCCUUCGAUCCAGAGGACCGACCCCGUCCGCAGCAACCGAUACCACCUCUUCCUCCUGCACCCGUCGUACCCUGGUGUGCUCCUGGAGCUGGCCACCAGUUCGGGCACAGUAACUGCAUCAGCCACUGGAAUAUGGAAGGAGAGGAAGGAUGCGUUCCACGUCGCCGUGACAACCGAUUCCAACAAGAGUCGGAUGGGACCCCUGUCGGUGACCAACGUGGGCCUGAAAGAGGCGAUUGUGCACAGUAAGAUCAAGACACUGGAGGAAGAGGUGGUCAUCAGCUCCGAGUCCAUUGUGAAGUUCUUCUCAGAGCUCCGGUUCUGCACUGAGGUUCAGCAGUGUACGGUUCCUAACGCGUCCACUUACCGAGUCUGAACUGAAUGCAUCGCUGUGUACGGAAAGUCCCCCCGUGACCACCGUUUGUCCCUGUGGGUAGCACCCAUUCCCUCCCGAUCUGUCUGCAUCUCAUCCGAGUUGAAGGUAACUUCCCGCUGCUGCGCCAGAUCGCACUGGGAACCCGGGACUCCAGGUCUCUCUGUUGACAGCGGCCGGGUGUGUGGAAGGGGAUACAUACUCUCUGACUGACUGCCACACCACCUCUUGCCUGCUUCACGUCAGCCUUGUCUAAGAGGGCACCAUUGCCACAAGGAACCAGCUUGGAACGAAUGCGUUAGUCUAGUUUUCACCUAGUACUGCUGCGGAGAGCUGCCUUUAUAACCAUUACAGUGAUCCAUAAUGCCCCGUUAUGGCUCCUGUGAAGGAGGGAGUUUGUUAUUGCGGGUCCCGGUGAUGAGCAGAACUCGUGUAUCAGUGUCCGAUUGAAGCUGCUGAGCUCAGGGUAAUUACUCAUAACUUUGGAGAUUUCCUUUCUUCUGGAACGACUCCCCGUUUUAACCAAUAUCUUAACAAACCAGUCCCAGUCCAAACACUUUCCCCACGCCACCGCCUUCAAUCCGGCACUUCCAAAAGUCACCGACAUUCCAGCUCUCACUGAACUGCCUCUCCAGGAAGCAGGGCUGGAGUGGGAUCAGUGGGAUGUGAAUGGAUUGGGCUGGGGGAGGGGUGGCAUGUGAGGUCUUGGGAUUGAGGAUGGGCCUCAAAUGAAGGAAUUGGUGAAUGAGGGAUUGGGUCU